UACCAGGGAACCGCGCGAGUGUACGGAUCGCAAUUCAAGCCCUCCAGUAGUCCAGCUGCUGCCGUUCGUUUCGGAUUAAGUUCAAAGUUGUUUUUCUCUCUUUGGUUUGGGCUUGUUGUUUUUCGUCGGUUUGGUGGCAUCAGCGCAUUGUCGGCAGGGAAAGUGUGCAAAGUGGAAUUGUGUCUUUUGGUGGUCAGGUUUUGUUGGUUGCUCAAAAUAUUAUUACCAAAUCGUCUGUGUGCCAGCUCCGUUAGUAUUCCGUAAUUGGUUGAUGUGCUUCGUUCGAGUCUUCGUCGGUCGUUACAAGUGAAAGCGACACGUGGAUAAUUUGCGGAUGAAGGCAGGCGCCCAGUUCAGUCCAGGAAGAGUGUGAUUCACUGUGUGUGAUAGCGUUAAGCUUCGUGUAGCAGAGGGUAGCAGGCGCGGCAACUGGAAGCACGAAGAGCUUGCAGCCAUUUUCGGUUAUUCAACACCUCCGUGGAUAUUAUUCAACAACCAGCGCGGUGUUAUCUUUGUGCAGUUUUCGCCAAUUAGCACAUAAACGUAACUCGCGUCAUCAGAGAAGUAGCAGAGAAUGUCCGCAAAAGCAAUACGCGAAGCCACCGGCAAGGAUAUCAUCAACAGACACCUCGUUGGAGAACACGGUGCUGCCAAGUGCCGAUUUGCAUCCGUCGAUGAGAGCACACAAUGGACCCAGCUCGUUGCCGAUCACCCCUGGUUGGAAACCACUCCCCUUGUAGUCAAACCGGAUCAGUUGAUCAAGCGACGAGGAAAGCUAGGGCUGAUCGCUGUUAACAAGAACUUCACCCAGGUCAAACAAUGGGUCGACGAGCGUAUGGGCAAAGACCAGAAGGUGGGCAAUACCACCGGCAAGUUGCGAAACUUCAUCAUCGAACCCUUCGUCCCACAUAAAGAUAACGAAGAAGCAUAUGUGUGUAUUUACUCUCACCGAACGGCGGACACUAUUUUAUUCUACCAUCAAGGAGGUGUCGACAUCGGAGAUGUAGACUCCAAAGCACUGAAGCUCGAUGUACCUGUUGGACAAGAUGUCUCCCUGGAGAGCAUCGAAAAGGCGUUACUCACUGAAGUAGCAGCCGCUAAAAAGAAGAGAGUCGCCAGUUUUAUCUUUAAUUUGUACAAACUUUAUGUAGAUCUGUACUUUACGUAUCUGGAAAUCAACCCUCUGGUGGUGACAGACAGUUCCAUCUACAUUCUGGAUCUGGCAGCAAAAAUUGACGCCACAGCCGAUUUCGUCUGCCGUCCCAAAUGGGGUGAGAUUGACUACCCACCUCCAUUCGGACGCGAUGCCUACCCGGAGGAGGCAUACAUCGCCGAUCUGGACGCCAAAAGCGGUGCUUCGUUGAAGCUAACCAUCCUUAACCGGAACGGUCGAAUAUGGACCAUGGUUGCCGGUGGUGGCGCUAGUGUUAUCUAUGCCGACACCAUUUGUGACUUGGGAGGUGCCACCGAACUGGCCAACUAUGGUGAAUACAGUGGUGCACCGUCGGAACAGCAAACCUACGAGUACGCCAAGACUGUCCUCAGUCUGAUGACCAGCAGUCCGAAACAUCCACUGGGCAAGGUACUAAUUACCGGUGGAGGUAUCGCCAACUUUACCAACGUGGCAGCUACCUUUAGCGGCAUUAUUACUGCCCUGCGAGAGUUCCAGCAGAAGCUUGUCGAUCACAAUGUAUCGAUCUUUGUUCGUCGUGCUGGGCCCAACUAUCAGGAAGGUUUGAGGAAAAUGCGUGAAAUCGGAAGCACGUUGGGAAUUCCACUGUUUGUAUUCGGCCCGGAAACGCACAUGACCGCCAUCUGUGGCAUGGCCCUUGGUACUAAGCCAAUUCCAAAGAGUUGUAAUGUUCAUUUUGCGACGGCUAAUUUCCUGCUUCCAGGAGGACAACAGGCUGCCGAUGCCGCCAAGAAGUCGUCCGCCGCCGGCAACGAUGUCGCCAAUGCAACAGCAACCAGCACAACAACAACACCACCAAGCGCAAUACAAUCGGCUGCGACGACCGCCAACAGCAACAACGGUGCCAGCAGCCGCCCAGUUAAGACCAGUGGAACAGCGGUCAAGUACUCCCAGGUAGAUGUUGGCUCCGGCGAAUAUCAACGAAUGUUCACCAAUCGUACCAAGGCGCUGGUCUGGGGAAUGCAGACACGUGCCGUCCAAUCGAUGUUGGACUUCGAUUUCAUUUGUCGGCGCGAUGAACCGUCCGUGGUGGCCAUGGUUUACCCAUUCACCGGGUACCACAAGCAGAAAUUCUACUGGGGCCACAAGGAGGUGCUGAUUCCGGUGUACUCGAAGAUGUCCGAGGCCAUCAACAAGCACAAGGAAGCUGACGUAUUGGUGAACUUUGCUUCGCUACGUUCCGCCUACGAAAGCUCGAUGGAGGUGCUGGACUACCCGCAGAUCCGUACGAUUGCCAUCAUUGCCGAAGGUAUUCCGGAAAAUUAUACGCGCAAACUGAACAUGGCAGCUCGUUCAAAGAAUGUUUCCAUCAUUGGACCGGCCACGGUCGGUGGUGUCAAGCCGGGAUGUUUCAAGAUUGGCAACACCGGUGGUAUGUUGGAUAACAUCCUGCACUCGAAACUGUACCGUCCAGGAAGUGUGGCCUACGUUUCUCGUUCCGGUGGUAUGUCUAACGAGUUGAACAACAUUAUUUCGUUGACCACUAAUGGCGUGUUCGAGGGUGUGGCCAUUGGAGGUGACCGUUAUCCGGGAACUACCUUUAUGGAUCACAUUCUUCGAUACCAAGCCGAUCCAGAUGCAAAGAUGAUUGUGCUGUUGGGUGAAGUGGGUGGCGUCGAGGAGUAUGAAGUUUGCGAAGCUCUUCAGAAUGGACAGAUCACAAAGCCAUUGAUCGCUUGGUGUAUUGGUACUUGCGCUGGAAUGUUCACGUCGGAGGUGCAAUUCGGUCAUGCUGGAUCGUGUGCCAACUCGGAUCGGGAAACAGCCGCCGCAAAGAACAAGGCGCUGACUGAUGCUGGUGCUCACGUGCCGGAUUCGUUCGACAACCUAGGUGACAUGGUUGAAUCUGUUUACGCCGAUUUGGUCAAGAGUGGAGUGAUCGUCCCAGCGGAAGAAGUUCCACCACCAACCGUCCCAAUGGAUUACUCGUGGGCCCGCGAACUGGGAUUGAUUCGUAAGCCGGCUUCCUUCAUGACAUCGAUCUGCGAUGAACGAGGACAGGAGCUGCUGUACGCUGGCAUGCCAAUCAGUGACGUUCUGCAGAAGAAUGUCGGUAUUGGUGGCGUUGUGUCGUUGCUCUGGUUCCAGCGGUGCCUGCCCCCGUACGUGUGCAAGUUCUUCGAGAUGUGUUUGAUGGUGACGGCCGAUCAUGGACCGGCUGUAUCCGGUGCUCACAACACGAUCGUCUGUGCUCGUGCCGGCAAGGAUCUAGUUUCGUCGGUGGUCAGCGGUUUACUGACAAUUGGUGAUCGAUUCGGUGGUGCUCUGGAUGGUGCUGCUAAGCAGUUCUCCGAAGCUUAUGAUUCCAACCUGCAUCCAAUGGAAUUUGUCAACUCCAUGAGAAAGAAGGGUCAGCUGAUUAUGGGUAUCGGUCACCGCGUAAAGUCGAUCAACAAUCCGGACAUCCGAGUUAAGAUCAUCAAGGAGUUUGUCAUGGAAAACUUCCCGACCAAGCCGCUGCUGGAGUAUGCUCUGGAGGUGGAGAAAAUCACCACCAGCAAGAAACCGAACCUGAUCCUGAACGUGGAUGGUGUCAUUGCGACCUGCUUCGUCGAUAUGCUGCGAAACUGCGGUUCCUUCACAAGCGAGGAAGCCCAGGAGUACAUCAACAUCGGUGCUAUCAACUCACUGUUCGUGUUGGGUCGCAGCAUCGGUUUCAUCGGUCACUACAUGGAUCAAAAGCGCCUGAAGCAGGGUCUGUACCGUCACCCGUGGGAUGACAUCUCCUACGUGCUACCAGAGCAGUACAACUAAAUUUAGAACAUGACGACUGACGGCACUUGGAGUGUGUAUAACCAACCAACUAUCGUGAAAAGAGAACAGGGCUUCAAGUCUGAUGGCCUGAUAUAGCACAACGGAGAGAUGUCUGUAUUUCUAUUUUGUUUUACUCGUUCACACGUUGAUGUGAACAGCUACAGCUUAAUUGACAAAGGUACGGGAAACCACCUUCAGCAUGCGAGAUCCACCCAAGGGAUCCCCACAAAACAGAAUCUCGUUCAAGCGGUAGAUUAAGAGAAACGAUGGAAUUUCCCGAUUACACAUCCAACUCAUUCCAUUUGUUAGUUUCAGUUUCCAAUUUCCCUACUUUUCCCCCAGAGUUGCUUCCAUACACCUUCCCUCUUUCCAACUGUUAGAUCAAACGCUCAGCCUGAUGAUGCAUUUACCACUUUUUGUGAAACAAAUCAAACACUAUCCCGUUAAAGACAUCCAUCACAAGUUUUACCUUUAAAUAAUCAUGGCGAUGGCAAUUUCGAAUCGCCAUAUAAAAUAAAAAAAAGAAGCAGCAACCUUAAAAAAAGAUGACAUUACUAUUUGAAAUGCAAAAAAAAAACGAGAAUGCAUAUUAAAAUCGAUAACUGCAGCAAAUCUAUUUAAAUCCAAAUCAAAUUUAAGUUAUUUCCCUAUCUGUAAGAUGAUAAUUAAGUGUAAAAAUUCAGUUCUAUUACUAUCACUGACGAAAAAAAAAAAAAUUGUGACUAAAAGAUUGCUUUCAAUUUUAAUCGGCAAAACCUAUACUUUUAAGCUUAUAUUUUCAUUGAGUGGGAUUCUUGCAUGAAAGCGAUAUACAUUCUUUAGUGAUUUAACGACGAGGAUUAAGAUAAGAUGUAAUUUUUGUUCGCAAUGGUCUAUGAUAAUGUAUCUUUUGUUGAUUCCAUUUCAUUUUCCUCACUUCUCCUUCAUUUAAUUUUGUUUUCUGAUUUCUCUACAAUUCAGUUCGCCCUAGUUCAUUUCAACUUCAUAGGAGAAUCAAAUUCUUUUUUUUUUGUCUGUAUUUGCGUUGUAAAAGAAUCAUUAAUUUUUACAGUUUUAUUGUAAUAAACUGAUGAACUAUUCUCUUUG